AUGAACCACUCCACACUCUAUUCCCUGAUCAUUGCCGUUUGUAUCUGCACCUCGUGGGCCCUGCCUGUGACGCUGAACGAGCAGCCCGUCGAAGCCAUCGCCGAUACACCACUCACCCUGCUGGAUGUGGAGCAGAGCGCGCAGACCCACAAUGCCGAUGAGCCGGAAGGCGAGCGUGUGGCCCGAGGACUAGGCGGAUUGGGCGGACUAGGAGGGAAAUUCGGUGGUUUUGGUGGAUUGGGACAUGGAUUUGGUGGCGGCCUUGGCGGACUGGGCCAUGGAUUUGGCGGAGGAUUUGGCGGACACGGCUUCGGUGGUGGCUUAGGCGGAUUUAAAGGCCUCUUUAAUAAACAUUUUUAG